UGUGUGUUGUUUUGAUAAUACGGAUUCAAUGUGUUACAGUUAACCGGUCAAAAAAACUUUGUAAUUAUUUUUGUUACACCAACUCUUUCUCCACCAUCGCACCGCGUUUGAUACGGUCAACCAAAUUUUAAUACUGCAGCAAUAUCAUCCUCCUUAAUAGCCUGUCGUACAGUUCCAGCAUUAUACUAGGAGUUUCACGUGAAACCAUUCCAAACAAAUUGCCAAUGCUGUUACAAAUAACUCGACUCAAAGCAAGGCAGAGUAUGAUUCGAUCAACCACUAAUUAAUUGCUACAUUUGAAGAUAAGCAACUGCAAAAAUCACGUUUUGACGUUUUGAAACAUGACUGAAGUUGAUGUUUCAAUACCAGACGGCUCGGCUUUGACGGUGAAUAUUGGAAAUAACGAAUCAAACAACAGUAACAGCAAUGCAAAUGAACAACAGCAACAACAGAAUGGGUCGUCCAGUGAUAAUAGCAGCAACAACAAUAACGGCAAUAGUAAGGACGAGGUCAUGCAUGUAGAUGGUGUUGAUACCGAAGAAGAUGAUUCACAAAUAACCUCAUCAACUGAGAAUGGUGCCAGAGAUGGUAAUGGUGAGAGAGAUACAAACCGUAAGGAAUUGACCAUUAAGUCGGUGGCAAGUUUAAAUGAGGAUUCAUCAAAUGCAUGUGAGAGUAUUUCACAGAAUUGUGAUUCAGCACCCAAAACCGGUGAGGAUAGUGUAGAUAGUGUCAAUAGUUUAUCGGAAAAAGCGACCUCAAACAAUGCCGACACUGAAAACGAUGACACCAAUACUAAUGACAGCCAUGCUCAAACAAAAAAAUCUACAAAUAAUGAUGAAGAUGAUGGCGGCGUGAGUCAGGAUGGUUCAAUUCAAUCCAAAAGUACAAAUCAUGUUGACGAAACCUCCAAUGACAACUCCAGUCAUACUAACGACCCACUGGCGGUACCGAAACAAAAGGAGAAUGGAACCAUUGUCAGCCAAGAGAAAAAACAAUCCGAUGGUGGUGUUGUUGACUUGGGUGACGAUUCGGAUAUUGAAAUGUCUGAAGUACCGAAUACUCUCGUCAAAAAUAGCAACAGCACUGAAAAGCCAGAAGAAAAUGAUUCAGAUGGCGCUGUGUUAAUUGGUUCCGACUCGGAAAAUGAAAAUGAUAAACAGCCCGCCAAAAUCACAAAGCCAACACCUCCUAUCAAACCCACUGAAGUGAUCGAUGACGACGACGAUGAUGAUGAUUGUGUGGUAAUCGAAGAUGAUAAUCCAGCACCAAAUGAUCUCACAAAACGCAAAAUGGAUGCUGUAAGUGAAGAUUCCCAGCCACCUAGUAAACGGCAGCGAAGUAGCGCUCAUCCAAUGCGUGGACAAAUUAAUAUUAAAGACGCUAGAACUUUAAUAACUCCGCCAAUAGCACAUGAGGCGACAGCAAAGCGUAUGCCCGACGUUAAUGUUUAUCCUGUGAAUAUUGCAACUGCUACGGGCUCCGGUCCACCAAAGUUAGUGCCCGUUGGUGCACCAAUACCUGCUGCUUCGUCGGCCGCCGCAGUCUUGGCUGGUUUAACUGGUUUGAAUACGCCUUCCAAUACAAAUAUUCUGCCUGGUCUCACAGACGAAAUGUUUGUUCUGGAAGCUCCAUCAUUCAUAGUCCCGUAUAUUUAUGAGAAACCCCCUUCGGAACAAAUAAAGGAUGUGGUCAAAGAAAUCGAAUCAAAAUUCUCCUUCACCAAAGAAGAUUUUGAUGACGUGGUCAAGGUCGACGAAUUCGAUAUGAUGACGGAACAGAACAAGGAGGAUCGCGAAGAAGAGACGAAGAAGAAAAAGAAACGUCGACGUGAUGACGGUGAUGAUGAAUCGUGGUCGGAGGAAGAGGAAGAGUCGGAAGACGACGAUGAUGAUGAUUCCGAAUCCGGUAUGCGUACAAAAGUACUCAUCAAAGAAGCUUCUGAUGACAUGUCGGCUCUAAAAGGGGCUAUUAAACCCGUUAUCUCCACUGCUGCAACAACAGUGGGAGCUGAUGGUGCCGCCACGAAACCAGGCCAAGAAAAUUAUUUUGAAAGUCCUUUAGGCAAAUUCUUCAUGGACAUAGGUGUUGGUCUGGUUCAGGAGUUUGUACAAAAUGAUUUGAUACGUUUGCAGAAACGUAAAAUGCGAAAAAGUUUGGGCAGCAAUACAGGCGAAUUUGAAAAGGCAAUUGCAGCUCUUACUGCCAAUAUGGAGGCUUCAAAGAAAAAGAAUUCCCCUUUCAAAUUCAAUAUGAAACGUUGCGAGUUCUGCAAUUUCAAAUCCGAAUCUGCCCUGUCCAUGGCAAAUCACUACGAAACACCUCAUAUGAAUGGUGUGCUGUACAAGUGUAACUUUUGUAUUUUCGAAAUACGCAACGCUACUGAAAUCGUGUACCACAUGGAAGCUGUUCACAAUAUUAAAGCACGUCUAAUCAAACCGCUGCCUUAUCAUCAAUGUCCAAAUUGCAGUUUUGAGGAUAAUGGCAAAGCGAAAUUAGCCCGCCAUCAGCCUGUUUGUGCGAAAAAGUUCAGACCCGAAGUAAACAUGACACCUCCUAAUGAUUGGGAAGCUCCUGCCAAGAUACCGCGUCUUAAACCGCGCCAUGGACUGGUGGCAACCGCCACAGCAUACCAGGCCAUGGCAGCCCAAGCUGCCGCCCAAAAAGCUGCGUUGGCUUCUAUACAACAGCAGCAGCAGGCUAGAAAUCUGCAGGCUGCUGCCUUGGCAGCUCAAAAUGCUGCCAAUAAACUUCGUGGAAGGGCACCUCCAGCACAGGCGGGCAAAAAUGCACAAAAUGCCGGUGCCAUGAUGAGAGCCGCCAAUCAAGUGCGAAAUCCUGCAGCUACAAAUGUGGUAUUGCCAAACAACUAUCAAAUAGGCGCCGGAGGCCAAAUAAUACAAAACCCUAUAGGCAAGAAAUCAACCGGACAACCAAGUAUUUCAAUAACACCGCUACCUCGUCAAUCAGCUGGUGGAGCAGCUGGUUCAUUAGCAUCGACUAGCAAGGUACCACCAGCUGGUAUGAAACCCGGCCAAAGUCCUGGGGGAGGAAAAGCUCAAUUUGUAAUAUGUGAAAUAUGUGACGGUUACAUCAAGGAUCUGGAACAAUUACGUAACCAUAUGCAGUGGAUGCACAAGGUCAAGAUUCACCCGAAAAUGAUAUACAACCGACCACCAUUAAAUUGCCAGAAAUGUCAAUUCAGAUUCUUCACUGAUCAGGGAUUGGAACGUCAUCUGUUGGGUUCGCAUGGUUUAGUUACAAGUUCCAUGCAAGAGGCGGCCAACAAAGGCAAAGAUGCCGGCAGAUGUCCAGUAUGUGGAAGAAUGUAUCAGUGGAAACUAUUGAAUCAUGUUUCACGUGAUCAUCAUAUGACUUUGAAACCAGCACAUUUAUCCUAUAAAUGUACCGUCUGCACUGCCACCUUUGGCAUGUACAAACAAUUCGAAACACACGUGUACACAGCACAUAGUACAGUGGCCAAAAAGGCAAUGGAUGGCAAAAAGAAUUCACCCGCUCCCAAUACGGCAGCCAGCAGCAGUUCAGGGCGUAAUAGUUUAAGUGCUGCCAAUGAUUCGUUGUUGAAACCAUUAAAAAUAAAUGAUGAGAUCACAAUUAUACCACAGCCUGCAUCGAAAUCACGCAUUUCAAACAUGGAUACACAUGUUAUUGAUUAAUUUGAUGUUGAAACGAGGCCAUUCAGAAGGAACAUCCCACAACGACAAAUCUUUUUAAGGGCUACAACAUAACAUUGCUAGACUACUGCUAGCAACAAACACAUCUAAUGAAACCGAAAGGAAACCUCAAAGGUCCUUUAAUACGUAUAGCUAAUAAAAAAUAAAAAAGUUGGUUUACAAAUUAGAAUUACAAACAAAAAGCUGCAACAGAGAAGUGUUAAUGGCUAAGUGCUGUGUAAAAUAUUAGUUUAACACCACUCAUAUUUCCUCGCCAACAAUGUAGAGAAAAAGAAUAUCUAUCGACAAAAUAUGUCAUGUACACCACUCACAAAAACACACCAAACCCAAUUUCUAUUUUCAUCGCCCUAUUGUCAAAUCUCCCUGAAACUCCUGCUAAUCUUACUCCCAAUGUUAAUAACAACAACAAAGAAGAACAGUUUACAUACAAUAUAAAUACCAUUGUUAUCAUCAUAAGCUAUGGCCAAUUCUUGUUCGAAACGUUCGUUUAGCAUAACUUUCCAUUUUUAUUUUAGUUUAGAUUUUAUUUAAGCCUACACUGAAUAGUGAAUUUCGUUUUCGAAACACAAGAAACAAACAAACUACAAAAGUUUUUACUUUUAUUAAAUGAACAUACAAUAUAUAUAUAUACAUAUAAAUACAUACAUACAAAUAAACAAGACCGAAAAAAUUAAUAACUAAUUAAAAAAAAAACAAAA